CUCCGGCGAUGGCCGCGGCGACCAUCGUGCACGACACGUCCGAGGCCGUGGAGCUGUGUCCGGCGCACGGGCUGUACCUGAAGCCCAUCACCAAGAUGAGCAUCAGCGUGGCGCUGCCGCAGCUGAAGCAGCCGGGCAGGUCCAUCUCCAACUGGGAGGUGAUGGAGCGGCUGAAGGGCAUGGUGCACGGCCACCAGUUCUCCUCGCUGCGCAUCGCCAAGAGCACCAUGGACUUCAUCCGCUUCGAGGGCGAGGUGGAGAACAAGGGCCUGGUGCGCGCCUUCCUCGCCUGCCUGGACGGCAAGACCAUCAAACUCAGCGGCUUCUCCGACAUCCUCAAGGUGCGCGCCGCCGAGUUCAAGAUCGACUUCCCCACGCGCCACGACUGGGACUCCUUCUUCCGGGACGCGCAGGACAUGAACGAGACGCUGCCCGGCGAGCGGCCGGACACCGUGCACCUGGAAGGGCUGCCCUGCAAGUGGUUCGCGCUGCGCGGCUCGGGCUCGGAGAAGCCCAGCGAGGAGGUGCUGGCGCAGGUCUUCGAGCGCUUCGGCGAGAUCCGCCACGUGGACAUCCCCAUGCUGGACCCCUACCGCGAGGAGAUGGCCGGCCGCAGCUUCCACACCUUCAGCUUCGGCGGGCACCUGAACUUCGAGGCCUACGUGCAGUACCGAGAGUACGCCGGCUUCAUCCGGGCCAUGAGCGCCCUGCGGGGCAUGAAGCUCAUGUUCAAGGGUGAGGACGGCAAGGCCGUGGCCUGCAACAUCAAGGUGGGUGCGACCCGGGCGCGGCCACUCACCCCCGAGGGCUCCCCCAGGCCCCUCACCUCUGUCCCCAACAACGUCAACAACAACGUCAACAUCAGCAACAACGGCUGA